AUGUCCAAGCUUGCUGUGGCCACCGAGGCCGUCAAGGAGGCUGUCGUUGGGACACACGAGCCAGAGCAGCUCGCUGCCCACACAAAGGCGCGAUUCACUCAGUAUGCUGCCAAAGAUUCUGAGACAGGCGAGCUCUAUCUUGGACCAGAGGAAUUCAUCAACGCUGUUGCGCCCACCGGUGAAGAUUACCACAAAAUCUCACGCGACCAAUACUCCAUUCUCUUCAGCGUCGCCGACGUCAACGGAAAGGGCAGAGUGAGUUUAGGUGACUGGGGCGUGUUUGAGCACCUUCUCAGCAAGCCCGAUGCUGAAUAUCAGAUUGCCUUCCGUCUCUUCGACGUUGAGCGCACCGGAGCUGUCAAAUACGAUGACUUCCGCACUUUGUAUGAGAUGAACAAGGGUCCUGACAACCUAACAUUCGAUUGGGAGUCCGACUGGGCCAAGAUUUACAUUGGCAACAAAAAGCACCGUCACCCUCUUGACUACCCCCAGUUCUGCCAGAUGCUGCGAGGUCUCCAAGGCGAGCGCAUCCGACAGGCCUUCCACCAGCUUGACAAGGAUGGCGAUGGCUUCAUCAGCGGUGAGGAGUUUGAGCGCAUCAUUGUCGAGACCGCGCGCCACAAGCUGUCCGAGCACAUUCUCGACAACCUGCACACUCUGGUUAAUCUCUCCAUCGGAUCCAAGAUCUCAUACGCCAACGUGCGCGCAUUCCAGAACGUCAUCGGUGGCAUGGAUCUUGUUGAGAUCAUCUUGCGCCGCGCUAUCGACCAGAGCAAGGAUGGAAAGAUCACUCGCCCCGAGUUCCUGAACGAGGCCGCCAAACUUACUCGCUUCUCUCUCUUCACUCCCAUGGAAACCGACAUCCUCUUCCACUUUGCUGGCCUGGACGAGCCCUCUGGUCGCUUGGGUCUCUCCGAUUUCGCAAAGGUUCUUGACCCCUCAUGGCGCAACCCUAUUUAUGAUGCGGUCGAGGCUACCAAGGCCAAGGUUGCGGAUGGAGGCAUCAUGAUGACCGUCUUGACUUCCGGUUACAACUUUGCCCUUGGUAGUGUUGCUGGUGCCUUCGGUGCCUUCAUGGUGUACCCCAUUGAUUUGGUCAAGACACGGUUGCAAAACCAGCGAGGUGCCCAGCCUGGUCAGCGUCUUUACAAGAACUCGAUAGAUUGUUUCCAAAAGGUCAUCCGUAACGAAGGUUUCCGAGGUCUCUACUCCGGUGUGCUACCGCAAUUGGUCGGUGUCGCCCCAGAGAAGGCCAUCAAGCUCACCGUCAACGAUAUCGCCCGAAAGGCGUUCACCGACAAGAACGGCAAUAUCACACUCUGGUCUGAGAUGGUCUCUGGUGGUUCUGCUGGUGCCUGCCAAGUCGUUUUCACCAACCCACUCGAGAUCGUCAAGAUUCGUCUCCAAGUCCAGGGCGAGGUCGCCAAGACCGUCGAAGGAACACCGAAGCGAUCGGCCAUGUGGAUUGUGCGCAACUUGGGUCUCGUCGGACUGUACAAGGGCGCUUCGGCGUGUCUGCUCCGCGAUGUUCCCUUUUCCGCCAUCUACUUCCCCACUUACAGCCAUCUCAAGAAGGACUUCUUUGGCGAGUCCCCGACGCACAAACUGGGCGUCCUGCAGCUACUGACUGCCGGUGCCAUCGCUGGUAUGCCCGCCGCCUACCUCACGACUCCCUGCGACGUCAUCAAGACCCGACUUCAGGUCGAGGCGCGCAAGGGCGAGGCCACAUACAACGGCUUGCGACACGCUGCCAAGACUAUCUGGAAGGAGGAGGGUCUCACUGCCUUCUUCAAAGGUGGUCCUGCCCGUAUCUUCCGAUCAUCGCCUCAGUUCGGUUUCACUUUGGCUGCGUACGAGGUUCUUCAGACCGUCCUGCCCAUGCCUGGUACCCAGAAGGAGAAGAUCCCCACCGGAGUGUCUGAUGCUUUGUCAACGGCCAAGGGCAGCCUGGAUACCAGUCCCUAUGGUCGUAGCCGCAACGCCCUCAAGGUGAUCCUCGAUCUCGAUGAGGACUUUGGCAAAGUCAAGCUUCCCAACGAGAAGGGAUGGCGAUCGCUGCCCAAGAUCAUGGGCGGUGGUGGCCAGUAA